AGAGAGAGAGAGCAGUUGCAAUAAAAAUUUAGAACCUUUCCAACCACUGCUUGUUAUUGCUUGGCCUACCAAGCUUCUCCGAACCAGAUCGCCCUCAAACGCUCGGAGAUCCCUCAAAUAACCAAAGUGAAGAAAGGAAGAGGACUCCACGGCGGCGGCCGUGGCGAUCAUGCCAUGCGCGGCGGCGGCGAUCAUCCACGGCGGGUCAUCGGCGGCGUCGGCGGUGGCCAAGGACCACCUCCACGGCCGCCAGGACGGGAUCCGGCGGUCGUUGUCCGGCACUGACCUCGUCGGGGUGCGGCGGUCGCGGUCGGAGCCCCUGCUCCGGUGCUCCCUCAGCAUCCCCCGCCCAGCCACCGCCGCCUCUGCGCCGGCGAAGCUCAAGACUAGCCGCUCGGUCGGCCUGUUCUCCUUCAUCCCCAACUCGAUUCGAUCGUUUCUGUUCAAUUCGGAGGAGGCGCAUGGGGGGAUGAGAUUUGUGGAUCCGGAGGAGAGCAGCGAGGAGGAGGUGGGAUCGGAGACGGAGAAGCGGUCGAAUUGGGUGGAGAGGAUCUGGGAGCUGAGAAGCCGCUGGCGGGAUCGGAAGCCUAAAGCAGACGAGGAGGACGCCAGCGACGGCGGUGGCGAGGAGAGCGACGAGUUCUGCCGGGUGAGUUACGACUCGGGAGAGGAGGCGGAACGGGAGGAGGAGCGGAGCGAGUGGGAUCGGGAGUCGUUCGAGCGGCUCUUGGCCCCGGUCUCGUGGACGGACGCCAAGCUCUUCUCCCAGCUGGCGUUUCUCUGUAACAUGGCCUAUGUGAUACCGGAGAUCAAGGCAGAGGAUCUGAGGAAGUACUAUGAUCUUCGAUACGUCACUUCCUCGUUGGAGAAGAAAUCGGAGGCAGCAAUCAAGGCCCGGCUCGAGAGCGACUCAACCCGUCCUCCGCCUGGACCGACCGGGCCGUGCCCCCGAUCGGACUCGGAAACCCAGCGGAGGCCCCUGAUCCGGCCCUCCGUGGCUUACGAGAUCGCCGCGUCGGCCGCGUCCUACAUCCACUCCCGCGCCAGGGGCCUCCUGUCCCUCGGCGGGGAACCCGGGUCUACCAACGGCAUGGAGAGACUCGGUGAAAGGCCGGAGGAGGCGGUGUCGCCGCAGGAGACUCUGGGCCAGGAGACAACCGGAGAAGGGCUGGAGGAGGCGCAAUCGCUGAAGGGGAGUCCCGGUCGGAUGUACAAAUCCAAUGUGGCCGCUUUUGUGGCCAGGUCGACGAUGACGGCGGUGGUGGCGGCGGAGGAUGAGGCGCGGCAGGAAGCGGCGAAGGAUCUCCGGUCGCUCCAUUCCUCGCCGUGCGAGUGGUUCGUGUGCGACGAUCCCAGCACGGGCACUCGCUGCUUUGUCAUCCAGGGUUCGGAUUCGCUGGCUUCCUGGCAAGCCAACCUGUUCUUCGAGCCCACCAAAUUUGAGGAGACGGAGGUGCUCGUACAUCGAGGGAUCUAUGAAGCGGCGAAGGGAAUAUACGAGCAGUUCAUGCCAGAGAUCGAGGUCCACCUGCAGCGUUGGGGGGACAUGGCAAAGCUUCGAUUCACGGGGCAUUCUCUCGGAGGGAGCCUCUCGCUCCUCGUCCACCUCAUGCUCUUGUCUCGGGGCGCCGUCAAGCCCUCCACCCUCCUCCCCGUGGUGACCUUCGGCUCCCCGUCCGUGUUCUGCCGGGGGAAGCGGGUGCUGGAAGGGCUGGGGCUGGACGAGGGGCAGGUGCACUCCGUGAUGAUGCACCGGGACAUCGUGCCCCGCGCCUUUUCUUGCGGCUACCCAAACCACGUCGCCCAGGUCUUGAAGCGCCUUAAUAAAGCAUUCCGGUCUCACCCUUGUCUCAAUAAUGAGAAAGUCCUAUAUUCUCCGCUGGGCCAGACGUACAUCCUCCAACCCGACGACAAAAGCUCUCCUCCUCACCCUCUCCUACCCCCAGGAGCAGCUCUCUACAUCUUGGACGGAAAGAAGGCGGCCGAACGGGGGGAAACGAAGAAAGCGACGGUGGCCGGCGCCCUUAGAGCCUUCCUCAACUCUCCACACCCCCUGGAGACGCUGAGCGACCCAGCCGCCUACGGCUCCGACGGCACCAUCCUCCGCGACCACGACUCCAGCAACUACCUCAAGGCCAUGAACGGGCUGGUGCGGGAGCACACCAAGUCAGUGGUCCGGCGGACGCGGCGGCAGCGUUUCUACCAAUUGUGGCCCCUCCUCGCCACCCCCACAAACAGGCUAACGGGAGGCCACCAUUCGAGAAUGGAGAAGUCGGAGCCGGUCAAUCAGGAGGUCCUAACUACUAGUGUCUGAGGACUAGGGCAGUGGAUCUCUUCGUACCAUCCUUUGUGAAAAGUAAUAGAUUCUGAUCCUUUAGUUUUGUACAUCGAGGUGGUCUUUUUUCUUUUGUACUUUCCGUCCUGUUGAUUAAUUCAUACCAGCGUCUGUAAAUUUACUCCUGUCAAAAUGUUAAUCUAUGGAUGGUGAAGGAAAA